AAUUGGACGCUAGCAAACUUUCAUUUUGGUGGUUAAACUUAAAUAAUAACAUUACACAUCGUUGACAUUUACUAUUAGGAAGGAAAAAAAAUAUGAACUGCAACUCAACGAUUUCUAAUUUAGAUUCAAAAUUACUAAAAAUUUGCUUCGGAGUUUCUUUCGUAACACUUGCAAUAGCUGGCAGUAUCACAAAUGCAAUAGUCCUCGUCACGCAGCGCAAAUUUAAAGUUCUUCAUACCGUUACCAACCAAAUACUGGCGCAUCUAGCAAUAACAGAUUUUCUUCUAGCUGUUUUAGUACCCCCUCUAUUUUUAUUGCAGCUUUUUUUUGAGAGUUUAGAAACGAAUUGCAAAGUUGAAACAUUGAGAAGGUUUUUAACAUCAUUUUUAAUUGGAGUAUCUGGAGGAAUAAUUGCAAUAAUUAGUUACGAUAGAUAUUUACACUUAAAAAGACUAUGCAAUUAUAAGUUAACUAAGAAGAAAUUAAGAUACUUAAGUUCUUUUUGUUUAGUGUUGUCUUUUACAAUAUCUUCAUUGAGAUUUGCAAAAGAAUCACAAAAAAUAUACUCCACCGCUGUUCUGCUUUUUUUGUUAUUUGUAUUUAUUUCUAUUAUAUUUUGUUACAGUUUAAUCGGUUGGGCUUUAUACCAACACAGCAAAAUAACUAAGCUCAAUUUAAACUAUGAAAAUAAAACAGUUCAUCGUCGGGCCUGCAAAACUGCAAUUUUAAUUGUUACUUCUUUCUCAGUUACGAUAAUCCCGUUGGCAUGGUUUCAAAUACAAACUUUAUCAGAACAUAAAAAAAAUAAAGAUUUAGCCCUUGGAUAUACAUUAGGUAUUUUAAUGGUUUUAUUUAAUACGGUUAUAAAUCCAAUUAUUUAUUAUUAUCGUACUCCAAAGUUGAGACAGUGUUUAAAACAAACUUUACAUUUAAAAGAUGGAAAAUCGAAGCAAAAAAUGUCUAAUACAAGUUUUCAGUACAACACAACUCAAGUAUAAACGCAAUUUUAAAAAAGGUCAAAUGCAUCUAAAUGGAUUUUGGAUUUUUUCUUAUUUUUCCUAAUUUUGACAGAAUACAUAUAUAGUUGCGCUUA